CCGCGCCCGAACGUGAUUGGCUGAGCCACUCUUUGAGACCGCAUCCGCCGGAAAUAGUCACUAGUGUUGCUUUUUUUGAAGAGGAAGGUAGUGAUGGCUGCCUCGAGGAGUUUAACGUUGGGAAAGACAAAAGCCUCCGAUGAAGGCAGUGGUCCUCCGGCCAAGAAAGGCCCCAUUUUUUAUGGGAGCCUGGAGGAGAAGGAGCGCGAGCGUCUCCUCAAGGGAGAGUCUGGGAUGCUGGGCAAAGAUGCCGUCAAAGCAGCAAUUGAGGCCGGCAACAUCAACGUCACCAGCGGUGAAGUUUUUGACCUGGAAGACCACAUCAGCGAGCGCCAGGCGGAAGUGCUGGCUGAAUUUGAGCGCCGGAAGCGGGCCAGGCAAAUCAAUGUCUCCACAGACGAUUCGGAAGUCAAGGCCUGCUUACGAGCCCUUGGGGAGCCCAUCACCCUGUUUGGCGAAGGACCUGCAGAAAGGAGAGAGAGGCUACGGAAUAUCCUCUCGGUAGUUGGCACAGAUGCAUUGAAGAAAACCAAAAAGGAUGAUGAGAAAUCCAAGAAGACUAAAGAGGAAUACCAGCAAACGUGGUACCACGAAGGACCAAACACAUUAAAGACUGCCAGAAUAUGGAUCGCCAACUACUCACUCCCUCGGGCAAUGAAGCGACUGGAAGAAGCUCGAUUGCUGAAGGACAUCCCUGAGGCCACACGAACGUCCCAGAAACAAGAGCUACACAAAUCUCUGAGGUCUUUGAAUAACUUCUGCAGCCAGAUUGGAGAUGACCGUCCCAUUUCGUACUGCCACUUCAGUCCGAAUUCGAAGCUCCUGGCAACGGCCUGUUGGAGCGGCCUCUGCAAGCUGUGGUCGGUGCCGGAUUGCAAUCUUGUCCACACUUUACGAGGGCACAACACCAAUGUGGGGGCCAUUGUCUUCCACCCCAAGGCAACCAUCUCCCUGGACAAGAAGGAUGUGAACUUGGCUUCCUGCGCUGCGGACGGCUCGGUCAAGCUCUGGAGUCUCGAAAGCGACGAGCCGGUGGCCGACAUCGAAGGGCACACCGUGAGAGUGGCUCGGGUCGCCUGGCAUCCUUCCGGCCGAUUUUUGGGAACCACCUGCUAUGACCAUUCGUGGCGACUGUGGGACCUCGAGGCCCAGGAGGAGAUUUUGCACCAGGAAGGACACAGCAAAGGCGUCUAUGACAUUGCCUUCCACGUCGAUGGCUCCCUUGCAGGCACCGGUGGCCUUGAUGCCUUUGGCCGGGUGUGGGACCUACGAACCGGGCGCUGCAUCAUGUUUUUGGAAGGUCAUCUCAAGGAGAUCUAUGGAGUCAAUUUUUCCCCAAAUGGGUACCACAUUGCCACCGGCAGCGGGGACAACACUUGUAAAGUUUGGGACCUCCGCCAGAGGCGAUGUAUCUAUACCAUCCCUGCUCAUCAGAACCUGGUGACGGGGGUCCGGUUUGAGCCAAACCACGGCAAUUUCCUGCUCACCGGGGCCUACGACAACACGGCCAAGGUCUGGACGCACCCAGGCUGGUCCCCUUUGAAAACCCUGGCCGGGCACGAAGGCAAAGUGAUGGGUUUGGACAUCUCUCUGGACGGGCAGCUGAUUGCGACGUGUUCUUACGACCGAACCUUUAAGCUCUGGAUGGCAGAGUAAAGGAGUGGGAUUUAUGUGGAUUGUUAUAACCUGAAUUUACGGGAGGCUUUUAUGCUCAUUCUUCACUGUGGAUGUGUUCCACAAACUCAUCAAGCCUUGAGGGUGUCCAAUUUCAUCUUCAACUCUCGAUUAUUGUUGACACACACAUACACACAAAGCCUUUUCGGCUGCCCGCCUGUGUUGUAAAGACCGCUCCAGCUUAUAUGAGUCCCAAACCUACUCUUGGAGAUACCUAAGACAUCAACGGAAAGCAAACCCUCGAGUCAUUUGGGUAUCCCUUCCCCUGAUGGACAGAGAAACGUUUAUUUUGUUGGUUUUGAUAUAUUAAAGCAAAUUGGCUGCUUGAA